AUGAAUCGCCAAGGAGACCUUCGAGAGAAUGUCAGGGAUGGAGGUCCUAGUCGUCACAAAACAGGACGCAAGAAAGAGCAACAGGAUCUGGACGAAUUCGAUCCCCUUGUUCCGGGCAUAAAUGCGUCGCAAGAGAUUCCGUUCUUGCAGAUCUACGAAAUGAUCAUGGUGCUCCAGCAGCGAGGGAUCACCAUCCGACUUACCUCCACUGCCGUACGAGAGGCAGCUGCGGCGGGACUUAUCAGCAGACCUCCCGCCGUCAACAUGGACCGCAUAAGUCCCGAGAUAGACAAAACAUCUCGUUCAGAUACCAGCAGCAUCAAUGCUGCCCUGACCUUUUUGCUGAAUUGCGGCGCUGACAUCGACUUUGGCCCUGUGCUUCGUGAACAUCGACCUGAACAUCGAUCAUCGUCUAUCAGAUGCAACACCUGCUCCGAGACAUUUGCCAGCCAACGAGAAAGGGAGCAGCACCGUCAACGUCGGACAUGCGAGUAUUGUGACUAUGACGACUCCAUGACAUACAAUUGUCAGACAAAGUAUGAUGAACACAUACGCAGAGGCCACAAUAUGAGCCCACACAAGCGCAUACCAUCUCAUAAUGGAAGCGAUGCAGGCUGGUGAGGUUCACGAAAUUGAAUCUACUGUAUUACAAUGUUGCUGGUGUUGCCUCUUUUUCGUGUGAUUUUCAGAAAGUUGCAUGAUGACAAUGCAGGAGUGAAAGGGGCGUUUGGAACAAACUAGAUGCACAUCAGCAUCAGCUGAGUAUCACGAUAAAUCAUGUUAGUGGCAGUCAUUGCCAGGCGUGUCCGUAGAUUUGUGUUUGGACUACUCGAGUCCCAAAGUAUAC